GCCUCCAACGCUCAAUCGAUAAGAGCAAUGCGCACGUACAAGUACAAGUACUUGAAUCCGCUAAGCCCAGCUGUGCCGCUGUGCCGAUCUCCCGGACGACGGAAGUCGGUCUCUCGGACCAGCACCUGCGUUCUUGAUUACAAUUCGCAUGCAGGGCGUGCGCCUUAUCGCUCCGCCGAACACGGUAACCGAGUAAGAGAGCACUUCGGCCAUGUAGCACUACGGUUCCCCAGAUUGUCUCGUCGCUGCCUGCACUCUUUCUUGAGAUUCACUGUUAUCGUUACCUCUACUUGAAGAUGGCUGAGCUUCGCCGCGACCUCCCCGAGCCCAAGGAUCUUUCCCAUCAUCUCACCAGAUCCACCAGAGCCAGGCAAGCGUCGAGCAUCAAGUCAUUCUACAAAUACUUUGCCAUUCCGGGCAUUGGGCAGCUAGCUGGAGGUAAAUGCGCGCAAUUCUUGCCUUCUGUGUUCUCGCCGUACAGUUCCACAGUUGCCCGUGGUGCUGAGGAAGAGAUGAUGUUCGUUUACAUGCAAGGCACAUCCAAAGGGCGAUUGCCUGGAAUGAAGUUGACAUGCCGCACGCAAGACGCAUCUUAGAUUGUGCAACCACCGACCAUGAACGCUUAUGUCUAUGAUAGGUCUGCCGAAUCCCAAUUAUUUCCCCUACGACACGCUCGAAGCAAAAGUCGCUCUACCAAACCGGUGGACACCACGGCCCAACGAUCCUGUUGACCCACCAAUCACGCGCAGCACGUCCAGGAAGGAUAAAUCACCUGCAGAGGCCCGACUGCUCGUGCCCAAAUCAGCAAACACACCGGAUGUGCUGCGCAAGAUCGAUCUUACUACUGCACUGCAGUACGGCACCGCACAAGGCUACCCUCCGCUUUACCAGUUCCUCACAGAAUUCACGAGAGACUAUCUUCAUCCCAACGUGCCAUACAAGGGAGGACCCGAGAUUAUUCUGACAGUGGGCAACACGGAUGGCUUUGCCAAGUGCAUGCAGGCCUUUGCUGAGGAGUGGCAUGAGGGCGAAGAUCCGCCUUCGGAACGGCAGGGCUGUCUCGUUGAAGAGUAUGCAUAUAUGAAUGCCAUUCAACAGGUGCAAUCGAAAGGCCUAAAUGUCGUGCCCGUUCGGAUGGAUGAGGGCGGCAUGACCACCGAGGGACCAGGCGGCUUGCGAGACGUCCUAGAGAAUUGGGACUUCAGCAAAGGCAAGAUGCCACAUCUGAUGUAUACUGUCACUAUCGGGCAGAACCCAACAGGUGCCGUGUUGAGCGUUCAACGAAGAAAGGAAAUUUACGCUCUAUGUUGCAAGUACGACAUCAUCAUUUGUGAAGACGAUCCGUAUUGGUAUCUACAAUAUCCCGGUGGCGGCUGCUCGAACAAUUAUAAUACUGCGGGAGGUGGGAAAUCAUCUGGCUUCCCUUACCUCGACUCUCUUGUUCCAUCUUAUCUAAGCAUGGACUACGAAGGCAGGGUCGUUCGCAUGGACACAUUUUCGAAGACUGUGGCUCCAGGUUGUCGAUUAGGCUGGAUUACCGCUCAGCCUGCCCUUGUUGAGCGUAUUCUAAGGAUCACAGAGACAAGUACACAACAGCCAAGUGGCUUCGUCCAGGCUAUGAUCGCGGAACUAAUCAUGGGCCCACCAGAUGGGCCGAAGAAUGGCAGCGGCGGAGCAAAAGACGGAAAAGGCUGGCGUUUUGACGGUUGGGUUAGAUGGCUGGAAGGUUUGAGAGGCGAAUACCAAAGAAGAAUGGAAACGAUGUGCGGAGUCUUGUCCGCCGGUAAGACGAUUAUGAAGUCUGGUCGGAGAAGCUCACUCAGCCAACUCACUGCUGACUUGAAUGUCAAUGAUGGGGACCGUGACGAGUGGAGCGUCAUCGAGCAGACUAAGAUCUACGAUUUCGUCCGCCCGCUUGGGGGCAUGUUUCUCUGGGUCAGAUUUGAUUUUGGUACACAUCCACUCUCCAAGCAGGUUCCGGGACCAAGACUUGCCCGAGCUCUCUGGAUUUAUUUCACCACCGACGCCUACAAGGUCCUAGUAGGUCCGGGUACUAUGUUUGCUCCGACACAGGAGAUCAAGGAGCGUGAUGCGUGGGAGUGCUUCAGGCUUUGUUUUGCUGCUGCAGAAACACAUGAGAUCGAGGAAUUCUCGAAGAGGUUCGUAAGAGGCGCCAAAGGGUUCUGGAAAAUUAAAGAUAAGCAAGUUAUCGACGAUCUGCUGGCAGAGGAUGAGGUGGAAAUGCUGGAUGCAUCAAAUGCUAUGGGAAAUCUUGCAGGCUUCUGCUAGGACUGCCCUUAACUGGAUCGAACCCCCAAUCUUACUUCUCGGUUCCGGUAUACGUCACAUUUGGCUCUAGCGAUACCUACCAUGUCAGUGAUUUCUCCGAUUUUCAGGUCUGCCAUGGUAUUUGGAUUGGCACGAAUAGAGCGUCAUAGUAUGGUCUAGCUGCGAAGGGCAAACCUGUACUUGUUCUACAUACACGUCAUCCAUCUUAUUAUUCUAUGUACUAUCCAUUCAUAUACUUUUCUAUCUCUAAGUACUACUGAUCAUGUUUGUCCCAU